CAAAAGGGAUACAAGGGCGGAAAAGGAAUGAAAGGUUAUAAAGGAAAUAAAGGAGAAAAGGGUUAUAAAGGUUACAAAGGAGAAAAGGGUUACAAAGGUAACAAAGGACAGAAGGGAUUCAAAGGUAAUAAGGGAACGAAAGGAUAUAAAGGUCAAAAGGGACAAAAAGGAUCGAAGGGUUUCAAGGGCAUAAAAGGAUAUAAAGGAGAAAAAGGGUUAAAAGGGAUAAAAGGAUUGAAAGGAAAAAAAGGAUACAAGGGCUAUAAAGGUCAAAAAGGUUACAAGGGAUUAAAAGGACAAAAAGGAUAUACAGGUAUAAAAGGACAAAAAGGUGAAAAGGGUUUCAAAGGACAAAAGGGAUACAAAGGACAAAAGGGAACAAAAGGUUUUAAAGGAAAUAAGGGACAAAAAGGUUAUAAGGGUAACAAAGGAGGAAAAGGAUACAAAGCUAAUAAAGGGCAAAAAGGAUACAAAGGUUUUAAAGGAAUGAAGGGAUAUAAAGGUGAAAAGGGCCAAAAGGGAUAUAAAGGUUACAAAGGACAGAAGGGAAUUAAAGGUCAGAAAGGACAGAAAGGCUUAAAAGGUUAUAAGGGAGUGAAAGGAUUUAAAGGAUAUAAAGGUCUAAAAGGAAAUAAAGGAUACAAAGGGCAGAAAGGAACUAAAGGAUAUAAAGGACAGAAAGGUUCCAAAGGAUAUAAAGGACAGAAAGGGUCUAAAGGAGUAAAAGGCCUGAAAGGUCAAAAGGGAAUCAAAGGAUACAAAGGAGGAAAGGGUUAUAAAGGAUUCAAAGGACAAAAGGGAUAUAAAGGAUAUAAAGGAAUAAAAGGAAUGAAAGGAUUCAAAGGACUGAAAGGAGUUAAAGGGCAUAAAGGUAUCAAAGGCUUGAAAGGAUAUAAGGGUAAAAAAGGCUAUAAAGGUAAUAAAGGAAUUAAAGGAAUUAUUGGUAAUAAAGGACAGAAAGGAUACAAAGGUUUCAAAGGUCUAAAAGGUGACAGAGGUUCUAAAGGAAAAAAAGGUUUAAAAGGCUUCAUAGGAAUUAAGGGCUAUAAAGGCAACAAAGGUCUAAAGGGUUCUAAAGGAAUUAAGGGACAAAAGGGAUAUAAAGGGCAGAAGCAGAAAGGAAUUAAAGGAUUAAAAGGACAGAAAGGAAUUAAAGCAUUUAAAGGACAGAAAGGAUUCAAAGGAAAUAAAGGACAAAAAGGAUUCAAAGGUGGAAAAGGACAGAAUGGGAAUAAAGGCUACAAAGGACAAAAAGGUUUAAAAGGUUAUAAAGGACAAAAAGGACUUAAGGGAGAAAAUGGAAAGAAGGGAUAUAAAGGAUACAAAGGACUGAAAGGACAGAAGGGAUCUAAAGGCAAAAAAGGUUAUAAAGGUUUGAAAGGAAACAAAGGGUAUAAAGGUUAUGAAGGCCACAAGGGUAACAAGGGUUAUAAAGGACAGAAGGGAAAUAAAGCAGAAAAGGGAAUGAAAGGCUACAAAGGAGAUCAAGGACAGAAGGGAUAUAAGGGUAUCAAAGGAAUAAAGGGAUACAAAGGUACCAAAGGUAUUAAGGGUAAUAAAGGUUACAAAGGAAUGCAGGGACAAAAAGGAUAUAAAGGAAUGAAAGGACUCAAGGGAUACAAAGGAAUGAAAGGACAGAAAGGAUACAAGGGACUCAAAGGAUCAAAAGGUUACAAGGGGAUGAAAGGUUAUAAAGGGACCAAAGGACAAAAAGGAUAUAAAGGGACAAAGGGACGAAAAGGAUUUAAAGGUUAUAAAGGACAAAAAGGACAAAAAGGUUAUAAGGGAUUCAUAGGACGAAAAGGAGUUAAGGGAGAAAAGGGGCGACUAAAUCCCGAACCAGCAGAAAUAGGAGAUAAAGGCCAGAAGGGAAUUAAAGGAGAACCCGGUCCUAAAGGAGCUAAAGGGAGGAAAGGGAGAAAAGGACAAAAAGGUGACAAGGGGGAAAUUUGAAUGUCGAAACAAGACCAGAAAUGACCAUGUAAAUAAACAGAUAUUAUUCGUAUAUAUACUAGAUCAUAAUAGAUAUACCAAAUUUAUACCAAUGUUGGUCGGAAUAUUUUCUGGAUGACGAAUUUCACUGGCAAACUCAACAUAUAAAAGCAGUUUUUAAAAAGCUGAAUAUAUACUCCAAAGAUGUUAUUAUGUCAAGUAGAAGAUAUUUGAUAUACCUUUCUAUUCUAUUUUUAUAUUUUAAUUCUGGGUGUUUGAAUUGAUACAAAGUGCGCAUAAGUGUAUUUUUGUGAUAAUUUUUCUCAUUAAAAAACUGGCGAGUUUUGACAAAGUAAAGGAAUAGAAGGAGACAACAGAAAAGACUACCGAUUCGAAGUUAGACCUGUUAAUCGACUAUAUUAGUGUCUUAAUAUGAUUUCUGGUUGUGUUUGUAUAUGUCUAUAAAGAAUUGAUUAGAUAAAAAAUGAAAUGUAUU